AUGAGCGCGAAGCUCAAGUCAACCUCGCCAGAGCACACCGGUCAGGAUUCGAGCGUGCCCACAAAGAAGCGCAGGGUGCAGAACUCGAGCUGCGAUGCAUGCCGGCUGCGUCGAGUCAAGUGCGACAGGCAGGCGGGACAACAAAAAUGUGAUGGUUGCGCGGCCAAGGCGAUCGCAUGUACCUACCAAUAUGUGUCCAGCAAGCCCAAGCAGUCACGUUCCGGCAAGCUCAUCGAGCAAGCCAAAGCAAUCUAUGGCGCCGAUCAGCGCGCAGAGGGUGACAGUCCCGUUGCCUCUACAUCUGCAGUCUCGCCUCACUCGCCCAAUGAUCCACCUGCGAGGAUGCCCAUCAUCCGUCGGCCCGGUCUGAGCGCGAGAGAUGUCGAGGCUCGCAUCGUGCAGCACCAGCUGGCGGACUCUCUCAGCUCGCAUUUGCUCAGCUGCUACUUUGCAGACUCGACGCUUCAGAUUCCUAUCAUAUCCUGGAAUGACUUUCAGGCAAAGUAUGACGAAGCCGGAUGUGAUCCGCAAGCGAUGGGUCCUAUCAGCGCUGCUGUCUGUUGCGUCCUCGAGGCAGUCACCGCACGCAUAUCUGACUCGCCUGCUAUUCUGGGACCCAACGCGCCAAAAAUGGCCGAUCUCAAGAACCGUCGGGGACAGUCAUUAUCGCUCUGGGGCAAGAGACGCGAGGCUUUCUGCGACAUGAUGCUCAAUCGUGCUAUAUCGGCCUGUGCAGAAGUCGAGAUAACACGCAAACCCACCAGCGAGGCUAUUGCUGCUCUCAUCCUGCUCGAGCAUCUCGUCGAUCGGGGUGAUCAUCGUCAGCGAUCAGGUCGCUACUACUUUGCAUCUGCUGUCGAGCUCAUGCGUGGCGCCAUCGACGAUGCAGACACGGUCACAGCGCAAUCUGCCGACUACCAGAGCAUUCGCGGCGGUCGCUGCUGGUGGGGUUGUUUCGUUCGAGACGCCAUCGGUGCCGCCUAUUCCGGCCGCAUGCCACUACUCACUCAAGCCGACCUUGAUCUCAUGGGAGGCCCUCUGCUCGGACAGAUGGACUUCAAUUCGAUCUGGCAGUCACUGCAUGACGAUGACCCGAUCAAUGUCUCGCGCAGUGCAGUCACAGGCCUUUUUGGUCAUCUUGCAUUCCUUGCUCGAGAAUUUGCGCAAGAGCUCUCAUCGACUGCCGCUAGAGAGGCGGGCCUGAAUACAGAUUACUAUCGCGUCUUCUGGAAGUCUGUUGACGAGAGCGCCUCUCUGUGCGCGUUCUGCGCUUCUCGGGCGCGCAUCUUGUUCAAAGAUCGACCGGACGCAUUCGACAUCUGGGUCCGCAGUGCUGGCUACGUACGGUCAUCGCUCGUUAGCUUGGCGCACGAUCUUUUAUGUGGCAAGCGAGAGGCGCUCCUGCGCGAGGAGGAGAAGGAUGCCGAGAAGAUAAGCGAGGUCGAUAGACUGCUCGAAGAGAGCUCUAUACGAGUUUUCAAUGCCGCCCGGGAAAUGUCUGAUCUUGUCAAGACGUCCCUUGAUGCUUCUGCCGGCGUAGGAUCGACGUUGACCUUUGCGCAGCUAUCUUCUUUUGCCUGGCAUUUGCUCAAUGCGCCGACCAAUGACGUUGGUGGUCCUGCAAGUUAUACAUGGAAGGUCAAGCAAGAAGCGAUCAAUGUUAUGCUUGAUGCGUUACGCUCGCUCGGUUGGAGCUGGCCAGAAGUCGAAGCCGACAUCGAGAGGAUAUCCAGUACGCUGGCUGCGCAAGCGGGUGGCCGGCCAACGGACGGAUAUGCCAGCCAAAACGCCAAGCGCUCGCAUCUCAAUGGAUCACCUGCCAACCGACUCAAGAUGGCGCACAAUGUCUCUUCCGUUCGGGAUGCAACAUCUCCCAACAAUAACAUCGCCACGCUUGCCGAUGUUGCGGUCGCGCAAUUACAAGGACAGCCCAACGAUCAGAUGCACUACACCGCUCCACUCCAGAACGGAAGCACCGAGCCCUAUUCUGCCUCGAGCAACACAUUCAUGCAACCUGGCGAUGAUCCCAAUGCAUUCCAAACUUACGCUCUCGGAUCACCGAACAUCGUUCUGCCCUCGAGCUGGUUCGCCGCAUUCGGCUCGCUCGGCGGCGCGCCUUCGCCGGGACCAAGCAGAUAUUUAUACUCAGAAAUCGAUGCCUUUAGUGCUGCGCAAUCACUCGCAACAGGCCCUACGCCCGGAGCGUCUGGCUACUACAAUCAGUUCGAAACGCUCAGUGGACAGACUGCGGAUAUAGGUGGCUCGAUAUAUUGA